CGAUCGCCGCGGCCCUGCACGCUCAUUGGCCGAGAGCCGGGUGCGUGGGGGCGGGCCCGGGCCCGGCCGGGGCGGGGAAGGAAGGUGGCGGCGGCCCGGCGCGGGGGGAGGGGGGCGCUGACCCGGAUGUUCACUCCUGGGCACCCGGGGAAGUGGAAGCGCCGGGUCCUGCUGCGGGGGGGAGAGCCACAGACGCCGGGACCGGGACCGCCGCCGCCGCCGCCGCCACCAUGAGUGACCAGCAGCUGGACUGUGCCUUGGACUUGAUGAGGCGCCUGCCUCCACAGCAAAUCGAGAAGAACCUCAGUGACCUGAUCGACCUGGUCCCCAGUCUGUGCGAAGAUCUCCUGUCUUCUGUUGACCAGCCCCUGAAAAUCGCCAGAGACAAGGUGGUGGGAAAGGAUUACCUUUUGUGCGAUUACAACAGAGAUGGGGACUCGUACAGGUCACCAUGGAGUAACAAGUACGACCCUCCUUUGGAAGACGGGGCCAUGCCUUCUGCUCGGCUGAGAAAGCUGGAGGUGGAAGCCAACAAUGCCUUUGACCAGUAUCGAGACCUGUAUUUUGAAGGUGGCGUCUCCUCUGUCUACCUCUGGGAUCUGGAUCAUGGCUUUGCUGGAGUGAUCCUCAUAAAGAAGGCUGGAGAUGGAUCAAAGAAGAUCAAGGGCUGCUGGGAUUCCAUCCACGUGGUGGAAGUGCAGGAGAAAUCCAGUGGUCGCACCGCCCAUUACAAGCUGACCUCCACCGUGAUGCUCUGGCUGCAGACCAACAAAUCUGGCUCUGGCACCAUGAACCUCGGAGGCAGCCUGACCAGACAGAUGGAGAAGGAUGAGACCGUGAGUGACUGCUCCCCGCACAUAGCCAAUAUCGGGCGCCUGGUAGAGGACAUGGAAAAUAAAAUCAGAAGUACGCUGAAUGAGAUCUACUUUGGAAAAACAAAGGACAUCGUCAAUGGGCUGAGAUCUGUUGACGUAAUCCCCGACCACCCCAAGUUUCAGCAGCUGCAGAGGGAACUUUCCCAAGUGCUGACCCAGCGCCAGAUCCACAUCCAGCCUGAUAACUAAGCCGACGCAGGUCUGUGCAGACUUUCGCAGACAAAUCAAAGCAAGAAGCUCUUAAGAACGACCUGGUGGAGGCCUUGAAGAGAAAGCAGCAGUGUUAGAGCUCGGCUCCACGCUCCCUGGACACGCCACGCGCUCGUUAGAUUCCUUUCUUAGAGAACUCGUCUUCUGCUCCCUUCCCUCGCCCCUCGCCUCCCCACCGGUCCCGUAACACUGGCUUCACCAGGCCGCACGGCGCCAUCUCUCCCUGAGAAUAAAGCCCAGUAAACAUCCUCCGUCUCUGAGGCCUCGUUCCCACCACGUUUUGCUAUCAGAACUCUCCAUAUUUCCACAGAGACCGUGUGUUUUCGUUUGCCCCAGCCCCCCGUCUGCCCCCCCCCCAUUUAUAGGCAUAAAAUACACUGUCUGUCUGCCUCCCCUUCCCUCCCACCUUUUUGUUACAUUGGUGUAAAAAAUGUAAAACAAAAAAAUUUUAUGAACUAACUGGUGUGUGAAAGAGAGAAGAAAAACUGGAAAUCUGAUUCCACGUGUGUUUGGGAGUUGCUUGGGGGUUGGGGCUGGGGGGACAGGGGACAGCUCCGUGAGAAAGGGGGUGGCCCCCCCGCGUUGUCCUGCGCCGACGGAACCCUGUCCCACGGAGACCACGUGGUGGGGGCGCGGGGGGGGGGGGGCUGCUGACCGUCUGCUCUUCUGGCCAGGUGCUUUUCUGUCAAUUUUUAUGGAAUGCAAAAGGAGUUUUUUGUUUUAUUUUGUUUUUUUUGUAAAGCUUAAAGAAAAAUCUACAUCUUAUACUUGAGCUUCCAUACUUAAAAAAAAAAAACAAAAACAAAAACAAAAAAAUAAACGAACAGAAACUGGGA